GAAGCUGGCCGGUAGAUGGGAGAGGAGCGAGGCAGCAGACCGGCUGCCGUUACUGGAUGUUUACCUCCACGAAAUACGUACUCAGUUGGCCUUUUUUUUCCUGCACCAAUUUACCCGACAACUAUAAGCACCAUUUCGACGGAAUGCCUUACUGUACCAAGUAAAAACCAACUCCCGGAUGGACGCUGCCGACGAAAGAUGUAUUAACAGUCGAAACUGGCGCUACUUCGUUGGCCUGGAGACCGUAGCGAUGUUUAAACCUCUGUGUGCUUAGUUUCACCAUUCCUCGGUCGCCGUCGACUUAGCAAUUUGCUUAAGUUUUGCAGUUGAAGGAGCAUUUUUUUUUUUUUUUUUUUUUUUUAAAUCCGAGAUGACGGAAAUCAGCGAGAAGGAGAAUGAACCACAAAACAGGGACCUUCACCGACCACAGGCUACCGUGCCCAGCCAGCCCGAAUCAAAGUUGCAGCGGCUGAAACGCUCCCUAUCCUUCAAAUCAGUCAUGCGCAGCAAGAGUGUGGACAACUUUUUCCAGCGCAGCAAUGGUGAAACCCGCCCACCCUCAGCCCUCAUCACCACACCACCACCUCCACCAUCUCCUCCCCCCUUCUCUGAGUCCCCCAUGGCCUACGAGCGGUCUCCCUCCCUGUCCCCAUCAAUCAGUCCCAACCCUUCAUUGUCAUCACACUCACCUUCAAUCAGUCCCUCACUGUCCGUCACCUCCAAGACCCAGCCAAAGACUCAGGCACAGUCGGUGCAGCCGGUCAAGAACCACUGUUUCCAGGAGCACGUCUUCCGUAGGCCUACCAGCUGCCAGCGAUGCAAACACAUGAUCCAAGGGAACUCCAAGCAGGGGCUCCGUUGUAAAGCCUGUAAGCUGGCGGCCCAUCUCUGGUGCUCCUCUGAGCUCUCCCAGCAGCCCUGUAAUGGCAAGACUGGAGCUUUCAAGAGAAACUUCAGCUCUCCUCUGCUAACCAGUGAUCCGCUGGGUGUGGUCAGAGAGGCUCCUCCUGCUCAGGAAGCAGAUAAUGGCAUUGUUGACCCUGUGUAUGAGGCACUGCGCUAUGGGACGUCGCUGGCUCAGAUGAGUCGCUCCAGCUUUGGCAGUAUCUCAGAGUCGCCCUGUCAUGAGGCAGAAAAACCACAAGACAAACUAGAAAACCAGCCUAUAGCUGAAGAGGAACACAUCCCAGGAAUGCUCACCCCUCCUGAAAGCGAGAAGGCUGAUUCAGAAGACAGGGUCAGCCUGAAGACUCCCAAACGAGUAGAGGUCCACUCCAUCCACACCUAUGUGGCUCUCUACAAGUUCCUACCUCAGGAGAAGAACGACUUGGAACUACAGCCUGGCGACAGAGUUCAAGUCACAGAUGACUCCAACGAGGACUGGUGGAAGGGGAAAAGCAGAGACAAGGUGGGAUAUUUCCCAGCCAACUUUGUGCAGCGGAUCCGCCCUGGCGAGCGGGUGUGGAAGGUCACUGCUGGUUUCCCCGGCAACCGAGACAAAGGCCAGAUGACUGUUAAAGAGGCCCAGAUCUGUGUGGGGAAGAACGAGGAGACUGACGGUUUCCUCCGGCUGACCAGCGGGAAGAAGAGAGGCUUGGUCCCUAUGAAGUACCUGGUAGAAAUAUGAUGGUGGCGCAAUUCUCCUUUACCCUCAGUUUGAUAGAGAAGUUCACUAAAAGGGAAAAUUACUCAGGAGUGUUUAGCCAACACCUCACUGACCACCAACCACCCACCACCACCCCUCCAAAAAGUGGCAGUUAAGUAGCAGCUUGAGUGGACGACAAGCCACAACUUUGCUUUUUACUGCAGAGGAUUUUAAAGGUUAAGACUUAAAGGAGGGGCGCUUCUUUAGAGUUCUUUAAAGCUACUUUUCUUGGAGCACAACUUUACUCUGUGGGGUUUUAUACACACUCACAACAGAAAUGUAGCAUCAUAUAGAAGAGGAUUAGUGUGCAGGAAGUCUGGCUACCUCACUAGCCAUCUCCACUGGCCAUCCAUCUGCGAAAAAAGGGGAGAGGACUACUUUAUUAUGAUGUCAAGGCUUGUCCAAGCCUAAGGGACUUUGUGAGCAAACUGUCUUCAUUUAAUUGUUUGUGUAGAGAAAACAAGACUUAAGAGAUUGUGAAAGAUCGUAGCUGUUUAUCGUAGUUGCUUGUGCAAGCACGUUUUGGUUGGUUGUUGGUGUAGUAGAUUCCACAAUGGAUAUAAACUAUGAUGAUCCAGUUUUGUAUGUGCAGACUGCUGUUGUGAUACGGAUUCCUGAUGUGCAUACUGUAUGUGUCACUCCCGCUCUGACUAGAAAAUAAUUCAGGUAUUACAUUAUGUUAAAAAUUCUCUGCUACAUUUUGGUCAAAUGAAAGUGAUAACACACACACACACACACACACACAUAUACGGGGGGGGGUUCUGUAUAUUUCAGACUGCUCUCCAGUGAUUAGAUUACAGUACAAUUUUGCUCUUCACAGCUCUGUUGUGACAAAUGCUCUCCGUGCACCUCGGGGAGCUUCUUUCUCAGUAUGACCUUCAAUCACACUUUUUCUACACACACUAACACACACACAUUUUGUAGCUCACUGCGUUCCAUGUAACUCAAAAAUCAGUCACUAGAAUCUGCUUCCUGUCAUAUUCUCAGCGUUGUCUAUCUGUAUGUAAUGUCCUGUAAUAUUAGCUGUCAUAUCUGGUUGUUUGCUACAACGUGAGGACGGUGUGCUGUCCUGACUUUCCUGAUGUACAUGCUUUUCUCCCGGAGAAGAGCAGAACAAAGAAAUACUGUAAUUCAGGAUGGUUAAUUAAAAACCAAACUCAGUGUUACUUUUCAAAAAAGUGACAGAGGCUGUCAUACAUUCUGUCUUUGAGAAGGUCAUACACCUGUCAAAAACAUGUUGAAUUUUUGAUUAAUGGCCAUUUUUUUCUCUCAGCACACCUGGUUACUUUCAAGUAACACUGAGGGACUGUUAUUGCUGCUGUAAUUAAAGGUGAUAAAAGAUCAAAUCACCUCACAUCAUUUGAUUUAUUGCUGUGUCAUUAUAAACCAUAAAGGAGUAACAAACUGCCUUUGUUGCAGCAAUAACUGUAAAAAGAAAUGACAGUAUUUGUAAAUAGCCAUAUAGAGAUACUGUAUUAUCUGAAAAAUGCAUUAUUAGCCUUUGAAUAGCACUUGGACUAAGACGUUUGCAGCUAUCCAUGAGUCAACUAAGGGCAUUACCUUCACAGUUAUAAAUUACAGGAGUUUACUAUUUAUUGUCCCACUUAUCGUUGUAUGCAGCUCUAUGCUCAAUGAACAUCUAGCCCUGUCAGCACAAAUCUUUUCAAACACUAUGCAGAACAGUUCUAGUCACUCACUUUAUUUUAGACUCAGCUUACUUCCAGCGUAGCCGCGCAUGUGUCAGUGUAUACCCGUGCUUUUGCAGUGUGGAUAAAGAUUUGAAUUUGAACUCCAGCUUUGGGAGUGUUGCAGCUCUACUUAGUGUCGAUCUGGGAUCAGUCUGUACCAUGCCAAUCCUAAACAUUACCUUCACUGACUAGAACCAAGAUUGGCUCAGGAUCAGUAUUACCCAGGUGAACUCCCUUUCUCACUUUAAUGGACACUACCAGGCUAGUUCUCUGCAUGGCUAGCUGCCCUUCGAUCCUCACACAUCACA